GACCGAAGGGGCACAAGAGAAAUACAUACUGCUGCUGUCUUGUCAGUGGCUUGUGAAGGACCAGCCUUCAAGACUGGACUAUGGGUUUAAGGAUACAACUGGACUUUCAUUGAGAAAUCAAAGUAAAAGCCUGAUGUUUUUUUAUUUGCGUAUUACUUUCUUGGUUCAGUUACAUACUGUUGUUUCAUUUCCACUUGUGUCUGUGUCAAGUUAACGGAGUGGAAGACUUUGUUCCUACAAUGGUUUAAUGUUUGGUCCAUCAGAUUUUUCACAUUUCCAGCAAAUGUCUCCUACUUAUUGCUCCGAUUAAAAUACAUAGUCAAAGUUAUACAGAGAUUAAUGCAGAAGUAAUUUAAAAUGGAUAUUUAAAUGGCUGAGAUAUAUAUUUUUUGUGUUUUGCACUAGUAUUUAAGUUUGAGAAAUUGUUUCUUUUGAAUAAUUGAGGAUGAUUGUGAUUGAGAAUGUGGGGCCCAGAUCCCCAGGAAAGAUUAGGAGACAGGGGAGGAAGAGGACUCUGUGGGGUGUCCUGUUUGGGCUGAUGGUUCUUAUCUAUGGCUCUCAUGCACCACUCAUCGCCCUCACCAAGGUACACGGCCAAGUCCCUUUCAACCCCUCCUCAUGUGUUGUAAUGAUCGAGUUAUCCAAACUCCUAAUUUCUCUGGCGACUCUCGUGUUCACCGGGGGUACGUCCGCCUUAUAUGCGGCUCCACCUCUAGUCCGUGUGGCCCCCUAUGCAGUCCCUGCGAUACUCUACGCCCUCAACAACAACCUGGUAGUUCUCAUGCAGGACUACAUGGAUCCCAGCUCAUACCAAGUCCUCUCUAACCUGAAAAUUGCCUCCACGGCCGUGUUGUACUCACUCUGCCUGGGCAAGAGGCUCCGGCCUUCUCAGUGGUGGGCCUUGGGGCUCCUCAUGGGUGCAGGGGUGUGUCACAGCUACAGCAGCCUGGAUCUAGGGGGCCGUGUGAAGGCGGAAGGUCCCGGGCUUCAUAUCACAGCGUGGGGGCUUUUCCUUGUGCUGCUGUACUGCUGUGUUUCAGGGCUUGCAGCAGUUUACACAGAGAAGGUGCUUAAGAGCCAGAAGUUGCCCCUCAGCUUGCAGAAUCUCUACCUCUAUGUGUUUGGGGUGGCAAUAAAUGGGAUCUCCUCCUUCUUUGUAGCGGGUGACAAGAGCUUCCUGGAGGGAUACUCGGGGGUGGUUUGGGCCAUCAUAGCAGGGCAGGCAGCUAACGGACUUCUGAUGUCUGUGGUGCUGAAGCACGGCAGCGGGAUCGGCAGACUGUUUGUCAUUUCCUGCUCCAUGUUGGUGAACGCUCUGUUGUCUUGGGCCGUCUUGGGGCUGCAGCUCACACCUUUUUUCCUCCUCCCUGUUAUUAUGAUUGUACUGGCAGCUUUCAUGUACUACAGAUAGUUAAUGUAACUCAUUACAGUCUGUACAUUGGGUUUUCAGAUGUGAUUUUUUUCUUUCUGCCUUUUUAGCGAUCUGCCUUCUGAAAUCGAGAAUCGAACGCAUAUUUUUAUUUGUAACCAACAAUAUCGUGUGAACAUUUGUCAGCUGAACCCUACUUUUGACAAGUAUCUUUUUUUAAAUGUUAUUCACAAUGUCUUCACACUGAUGCAAGUGAAAUAAAUCAUGAUCAUUUAUAUCUUCAGUGAAACAUUUCUGAAGAGUGCUGCUCGUGUAAUUUUGUUUUUGUAUUUUAUUCUCUGCUAAGGACAAUGUCAAAGUGUGUUCAUGAUAACGAAUAAACUGUCAAAACUA